CCUGCAAGAAUAAGUUGAACGUACCGACCGAACCGGGGAUGUUACCAUAAAUUCUGGUCGAAACAGCCGUUCUGCAGACACGAUAUGGUUUUGCUGUCACUCGAAGAAGCUUACAGGAAAUGUAAGAACUGAUACCAGCUUUGUGUAGCUGCCCGACCUCCAAACGUUUCAUGAAUCUGUUUGCCACUGUUAACCUAGCUGUGGCUAACCGUUAAGUCGCGAGCUUGCCAACGGUAUUAUCGCUUUAAAGCAAAGUGUUGCGCGCGAAAAUCUGCUGCAAGUAUUUCGCGACCGAACAAAUCCCCAGUUCACGUUAGAAGAGAGUGUUCAGUCAAAGUGUGACAUGUUUACAUGUCUGCGACGUUAGCUAAAUUGCUAACGUAGGCAAUCUACCUGUGUUUUUUGCAAAGACCGGUUGAAAUAACGCCAAAGUAUGGUAACGCUGCAACAUCAUGUGUCGAGUAUUCUGGACAAAUCAGCCAGAGCCGCUGCCGAGGAGAUCAUCAAACUUUUCGACAGCAGCUUCGAAGCUUUCAGUGAAGAGCUUCAUAAAAGACAGGAGGAAAUCGACACCCUUAGAAGGAAGCUCGAAGAGGCCGAGACCGAACUGAACCAUGAAGACACAUCCAGACCAGCUUACUUAUGCGCACAGUGUGGGGUCAGCUUUAACGCUGUGAUCCCACUUGAGGAAAAUCACAAAGCUCCUGACUCUGACAGCAACCUGCUGCAGGAUUUAGAAGCAGAUCUGAACGACCAAACGAUGGAUCAUGCACCUGUUGAGGAGAUUGAAGUUGAGAAUUGUAUUGAGUUUGAACUGCCUCCUGAGGAGGAUGACACUUAUUCACAGCUAAUCCAGAAGGAUGAGAGCACAUGCCACACAGAGACAACACACCAGGAAGCACCUGCACACAAGGAGGAGAGAGCCCCACAUGAGACAACUCAGAAAAGAGGCAGAGGACGACCUAGAAAACAGCUAGCUGAUCCUGGUGGCAAGGUUUCAAAAAGGGGGAGAGGAAGACCCAGGAAAGCAAAGGUCUCAGUUAGCUUAAAAAGUUCCAAAAUAUUCUCAGCUCAAGAACAACUGAAAAAAGCACAAAUAAAAAAGGAAAAUGCAAAUAAGCUGCAGGCCACACAGCUCAGUCACAAUCAGACCUCAUUAAAUCAUAAAUUGUCUACAGCUGAAUCGCAGAGCACAUCAAAAAUGGGAUUACAGACAAAUAGGAGAGGAAGGCCUAGAAAAAUUCUAGACCCAUUACUUGUACCUUUUGGGGAAGCCAAGUCCAUUUUAGAUGGCCAAGAAAAUCAUGUACAUGGACCAGAUCCAUUGAAAAACAAACUUCAAGAUGAGUUUUUAUCCAAGACAGAAGAACAUCUACCACUGAAAAACAGUCAGAAGGACCAGGCUGAUAAAAGACUACAACAAAAACCAAGAAGCUGGAUAGUUUGCCCCAAGUGUCCAAGGCAGUUUCCUAGCAAGACAAAACUGCAGGCCCAUGCGAAAUUUCAUCUCAAGAAAAGUGAAAUAAAGUGCAAGAUUUGCGGAAUGACAUUUAUAGGGCAAAGUCAGAUGAAUAAUCAUGAGAGAGUGCACACUGGUGAGAAGCCGUAUAGCUGUAGCUUUUGCCCUAGACGUUUCCCCAACUUGUCUCAAUAUAAAAAACACAUGCUGAAUCACGCCGCCCCAGAUUAUGCCUGUGAGGUGUGUGGACUGAGAUCCUCACAGGUGUGUAGGGAUACAUUCCGGAAAGCACACUUGCGCAGUAAGGCUCCCUGUUCAAACUGCGCAUCGAUUUAUACUUGAGUCUUUCAUUUGUUUUUAUGGUCCUGCUGUUUGACACUUGGAUACCGUUCAGGAGGGCUGGGGUGGCAGUUAAAUUGUCACUGCUGCCCUGACUUUUGGUAUACAAAGUCUUUGUAGUUCAACUUCAUUUAUGUGGACAGAUACUCAGUUGCUUUUUUGGAGGUAUAGUUUUCAGUGAUGUCUUUUGUUUUAAUUAUCAGUGGAAAAUGUUUUUUGCAUCAUUCAAAGAAUUUGUAUAGCUUGCUCCUGAAACGUUAUUAGCGUUUAGUUGCACUUCAGACCUUUAUUUGAAGGGACUUAAAGGUAACUGUGUGGGUAUUCAGUUGCACUUACCAAAUUAUUAUUGCUUUGGGUAAAAGGGCCCAUAUUGUGGAAAACAACCACAUUUUGAUAUAAAAGAAUUUGAUGUAACAUGUAAGCAUUAACGUUUUAAGAAGUGCCAUUUUCCGUCAUUACAGUCCAUAUAUGGGAACUAAAACCCUGUUCAGGCUAGAUAACUUAUCUGGGGAGAUACUGUAAUAUGAAAAUUUAAUAAAAAAAUAUAAUUAUUAUCAUUUUAAUCCAGAACAGAUUUACCAUGUCUGUAGUCUGCUACAUAAUAAUUACAGAGCAAAUUAUCUUCUAUAAUUGGUUACACUCCGAGCUCUUUCAGCAAUAGCAGUCCUGUUUGAAUCCAUGAUAAUGUAAUGACAAUUUGUGGUAAGAGACAUCGGUAUCUGUGCUAUUUUGCAGACUGUGAGUCAUUUUCACAGUUCAAUGUUCACAGUUCAAUUCACAGUUCACAAAUGUUCUAAUCAGAAAGCAAGGAAAAUGAUAUAUUUGAAGGCAGAGUGAUUUCUGUUAUGUUGGGCAGCAUUUGUUAAGUGAAAUGAUAUCACUGGAUCCAUUUAAUUCUAGUCUUAAUGCUGAAGUGAACAUCCAGCAAAUGUUUUGAACUGGGCUAUUUAAAACAGUUCGGGGAAAUUACACAGAUACUUUAUCCCAUACGAACCAACCAGUUGAGUCUUAAACAGGUAACAUUACCAGACCCCUUCUGGUAAAACGCAUCUAGCCUGAAUUUGGUUUAAGCUGCAUUUUUUUUUUAAUUAUUAAUUUUGCAACAUGGCAAAAACAAAUUCAUUUGUGUAUCUGCCUUUUCAGCCAAAUUUAGCCCUGCCCACUCGCAUUGAAGUUAUAAAAAGUGUUUGUCCAAACUGAUUUAGGAGGAGGUGGUCCAUUUGGUUGAAAAAUGAAUGGGAUAGCUUGGAACGCACAUGGUGGCUAUACUGUGGAACGUCCUGUCUUUAAAAAGUGCCAUUAAUUUGGGAAAAAGUCUGCAUGUGUAGCAGCCAAAACCACCUAGAAAAGCACAUCUUAUUUGAGAUUAUUUGAACUCUACAAACUAUGUGUGGUGUUUUUUUUUGUCAGAUUUCACCAGUAAUUUAAAAUGUUCUUGAAAUGUUAGUGUGGCUGUUUAUUUCAGAUACAUGAGUGAACAAUUUCCUAUGAGGACUUGGCUAAUUUCUGAAUGAGGCACAAUCAGAGAAGAGGUCAUUUACAUGUAUCACAAAGGCACAGUAGCAAAAAUAGCCGAUUGAAGAGUUUAAAUUGAUAAAGGGAGGUUGGCACUGAGUAACCAUAUAUGACUUAUGAAUGUCAAACGUAUAGAAAUUUAAGUCGACCUCGGAAAAGAAAAAUAUUGGAUGUUGCCCUUGUCUUUUUUGCAGUAUGUUUAGCUGGAUUAUUUAAUCUGUUAUGUUGAUAUUGAUGUGAGUUGAUAUACAGUCAGUUUUUCACACAACUGUUCUGAACAGUAUUCCAUGAGUGCAAUAAAAAAGGCACCCUGGUCAUUAUUGGGCCAGCUUGAAAUGAA